CGGCGGGGGGGGGUGCGGAUCAUUGCGGAGUUCUUGGUCUAAGUUCGCGGGCGGGGGAGGCGCGACCUGCUUACCCGCUUUGAGGACCCCAGAAUGAGUGCCCCAGAGAGUUCAAAAGAAAUGAUGAGCUGAGUGCGGAGGCCCUAAGUAGGAACCCUUAAGAAGUUAGCCGCUUCUUGGCCACCCACAGCGCCUCACACACUGGUGUGCCCACUCUGCAGAGGAUGGACCCCAGAGGAUGGCCUGCAUGGGUUGGCGGCAACCUUGAGGAUGUCUAAGGAGGGACUAUUAUCUAGUCUUAUAAAGGAAGAAAAUUCUGACACGUGCUACAACAUGGGUGAACCUUGAAGACGUGAUGUUCCUGAGUUUCCAUUCUUCUGCUCUUCUCCAUGAAUCCACAGAACUGCUGUGGCCAAGAAUAUGGCAGCUUUCAUGUUGUGAAUCUGGCAUUUGAAGGUCCUUUCAGGACCUACAUUCGUGGCCGUUUCUCCUAAUGCCGCUCUCCUUAGACUGAAGGUUUGCUUUCCCACUUCAUGCCUGAUGCUGUAAUUCUUCUAAUGAGGCUCAUCUGAGGGAUGACGUCAUCCUGGCUCCAUAUCUACAAGCCUGUAACAUCAGUUACACUGUAAACUUGAAGUGGGACACUUCGCUUGUUUCACUCGGGGCCUCCUGUGAGCCUGAUUUAAUGGGAAACAGUGGGCCUGAGAAGUUCCUUGUGACACACUAAUCCGAGCUUGCUGACCUGACCACACCUCCAAAGGAGGCAGCCUCCAGAGCGCCAGAACAGUUCAGGCGCCCUAGCCCCAAGGAAGAGCUGUCAGGGGGCAGUCAAGAAAUCACACAAUCUGCAACUGUGAGGGACAGGGUUCGAACCCGGGUCCCAGAUCCAGCUGCCCCAAGCUGCUCCUUGCUGUUUACAGGAGUCACAGCUCAGUGUCAUCGAGAGGCAAUAUGUCAGAGGGGGUGGGCACAUUCCGAAUGGUCCCUGAGGAGGAGCAGGAGCUCCGCGCCCAGCUGGAGCAGCUCACAACCAAGGACCAUGGUCCUGUCUUCGGCCCGUGCAGUCAGCUGCCCCGCCACACUCUGCAGAAGGCCAAGGAUGAGCUGAAUGAGAAGGAGGAGACCCGGGAGGAGGCGGUGAGGGAGCUAAAGGAGCUGGUGCAGGCACAGGCAGCUUCCGGGGAGGAGCUGGCCCUGGCGGUGGCUGAGAGGGUACAGGCCAGGGACAGUGCCUUCCUCCUGCGCUUCAUCCGAGCUCGCAAGUUCAACGUGGGCCGCGCUUAUGAGCUGCUCAAAGGCUAUGUGAACUUCCGGCUCCAGUACCCUGAGCUGUUCGAUAGCCUCUCCAUGGAGGCCGUGCGCUGCACUAUCGAGGCGGGUUACCCUGGUGUCCUCUCCAGCCGGGACAAGUAUGGCCGAGUGGUUAUGCUCUUCAAUAUUGAAAACUGGCACUGUGAAGAGGUCACCUUUGAUGAGAUCUUGCAGGCAUACUGUUUCAUUUUGGAGAAACUGCUGGAGAAUGAGGAAACGCAAAUCAACGGCUUCUGUAUUGUCGAGAACUUUAAGGGUUUCACCAUGCAGCAGGCAGCGGGGCUCCGCCCCUCGGAUCUCAAGAAGAUGGUGGACAUGCUCCAGGAUUCAUUCCCAGCGAGGUUCAAAGCUAUCCACUUCAUCCACCAGCCAUGGUACUUCACCACCACCUAUAACGUGGUCAAGCCCUUCUUGAAGAACAAGUUGCUACAGAGGGUCUUUGUUCACGGAGAUGACCUGGAUGACUUCUUCCGGGAGAUUGAUGAGAGCAUCUUGCCCGCUGACUUUGGGGGUACGCUGCCCAAGUAUGACGGCAAGGUGGUUGCUGAGCAGCUCUUUGGCCCCAGGGUAGAAGUUGAGAAUACAGCCUUGUGAGGAGACGCCCUGCCAUGUGACCUGUUAGCAUCCUAGCCCUCCCUCAGCUCUCCUGAACCCGAGGCUGGGAACAGGAAUGCCUGAGGUGACUGGGUUCCCCAGACUUCUCUAGGUUUAGGAGAGCUUGAGGGGCACCUCAUCCCAACCUGACAUAGAAGGUCGCCAGGCGAGGGGAUGCCUUUAAACAGCAGACUUGUGAGGCAGUUAUGGUCCCACCCGCCUCUGCAGUUAUAGGGCAGUGACCUUGCGAGAAGUUGGAUUUCAAAGACCAGUUAGGCUUCUCCGUGAUUUCCUUUGUAAUCGCUUUGAUACUUAGGGUCUGCAAGGCGGAGUUGAAAGCCCACUCACGUUCUGUAAAACGAAGAAGGGGAGGAGGGCUUGACGCGCUAAUGAUUUGACAAACGCAGCAGCUGUAGGCAGUUAAGGGGUUUCCCACGCAGAACUGCAGGGAGGGAGCAGCUUGCAUUUGGGGCGACCUGCUGCUGAGUGACCCAGGCGCUAAGAGCUUUGGAUCUUUCCAUGGUGGAGGUCGUGUCCCUUCCUCUCCACCUAUCUUAGGGGUGGUCCUCGGGGUGGGUCCCCCUUCACUAGACUCUCUCUUUGCCUUGUUGGAUGGGUUUGACUUAAAUUCCUAUCUUCUCUGAACACUUAGUCCUCGACAGACAAAUAAAGUCAUUCUUUGUCUUGUGUCAA